AUUCAAAUCUGUGGUUUGAGCUCGAUUCUUCGAUCACUAAGGUCGUUGUCUUGAGCAUUGAAUUUGUAGGAAGUAUUGUGUAAAGUGUAAUAGAAGAAACACUGCACAUUCCGAGGAGUUUCUAAUUUUAACGAAGCAAACUACUAAGAGAAACACUCAUUUUAUCCAAACCAAUCUUCCUGCUCGUCUCGUUAUAGCUAUUGAGAAGCAAUUCUUGUCGCUCCUGUAAUAAGCGUCGAUUGGCGAAACGGGUCGGAGCACUCAUAUACUAUUCGACCUAACCUUAACUGUAACUCACUGCAGAUAAUAGUCUUUUGAGCUCUUUGCUUUGCUCUUGCUAAUUAGAUCGGCUUAUGGAAUAAUUUCUCCUUGGCGUGGGACGAGUAAACAAGUUGGUAUAAAACGCUUAUCUACUGACUAAAAAAACUUUCAAAGCCCUUUGAAAUUAAAAUCUCAAACUGCUAGAGUAAGCUCCGGUGAACAAGGCUCAUGCAUGCUUAUACAUGGAACUGAGAACGUAUCCUCCAUAUUAUCCCACAUCGAUAGAAUAUGAUAUAUAUCGUAAGUUGUUAUUUACAUCUUCGGACUUGCUAAAAUGCUCCGUUUCAUACUUCAAUACUAACUGGAAUGAUCUGUUGUUAGAAGGUCAUGCGUUGUGCUCAAGUUGUGGACAGUUGUUAUCUUUUCCCCUUGGUUCUGCUCUGGUUCAGUGCCCACUUUGCAAAACUGUCUUGAGUUUACGUCCCAUAUAUACUGUGGCAAUUGGUGGUCAAACUCGUUGUUCGGGUUGUCAUCAAAACAUGUUAUUUCCCUUAGGCGCUACAGCAGUUCAGUGUACCAACUGUUCAUCUAUAACACAUUGCCCUAGCUUAAAAUAUUUUGUCUGUCACGGCUGCGGUUUACACUUGGCCUAUUGUGCUUCUACUGACGUACCAAGUGUUUUGUGUACUGUAUGUAGUACCCUUCGAGAUGUCAUCUCUAUCGAAAUGGAGUCCUUUUCUCUGCAAUUUGGUCAUAAAAGGGUUCUUCUAUUAUCACAAGAAGAGUUAGUAGCUGCACCGUGGAUGAAUCCUUCUGAAGCAUCAACUCAACCACAAAGUCUUCCAUCAGGGGCGUCUCAGAACAUUGAAGAUGAUAGGGAAAUGACACAAGCACCACAGCAAGAACGUAGAAAUGAGGAAGACUCAAAAAGUCAUUAUAUGCCGUUCAAUCCAAGUUGCUAGAAAGAACCCCGUUAACAACAAAAGCAUGAAGACGGAAGUUCAAGUUGAGUCACUUAAUAUCUCUCUGUCGCUGCACAUUUUUGAUAGAAAUAGUCUUUCUUUAAGUAGUUUGAUAAAGUUCGAAAC